GUCUGUGUGAUGUCAUAAGGCUGCGCUUCGGUCCUGCGUUUGUUGUGGUUCAGCAGGAGAAAGAGUCCAAACACAGAGAAAAACUCCUGGUGAAGGAGCUGAGAUCCAUAUGACACUAUUAUAAAGAUGGCGUUUAUUAAAGAGGAGAGUGAAGACAUAAAGAUCGAAGAAACAUUCAGUGUGAAACAAGAAGAUACUGAGGAACAAACAGAGUUGAUGUUGCUGAAAGGGGAGAGUCAAGAACUGAAUGAAAUUAAAAAGAAACAUCUGAAUGAAAAACAUCAUGAUUUCAUAAGUGGAAAAAAAUAUUUUAAAUGCUCACAGACUGGACAGACCUCACUAAAAAGAGCUCAAAAGACAUCAACUAGAAGUUAUUUCACCUGCCAACAGUGUGGAAAAAGUUUUAAUCGAAUAGGAAACCUUCAAGUCCACAUGAGAAUUCACACUGGAGAAUGCCCUUUCACCUGCCAACAGUGUGGAAAAAGUUUUAAUGAAAAAGGAAGCCUUAAUGUCCACAUGAGAAUUCACACUGGAGAGAGGCCUUACACCUGCCAACAGUGUGGAAAAAGUUUCAAUCGAAAAGGAAAUCUAAAGACUCACAUAAGAGUUCACACCGGAGAGAAGCCUUACACAUGCCCUCAGUGUGGAAAGAGUUUUACACUGAAGAAAGGCCUUAAUUCCCACAUGAGAAAUCACACUGGAGAGAGCCCUUACAUCUGUAAAAUGUGUGGGAAGAGCUUCUCACAAAAAGCAAAUAUUAAGACACACAUGAGAAUUCACACUGGAGAGAAGCCAUAUAUAUGUGUUCAGUGUGGAAAGAGUUUCACACGUAAAGGAACCCUUGAUUCCCACAUGAGAAGUCACACCGGAGAGAGCCCUUACACCUGCAAACUAUGUGGGAAGAACUUCACACAAAAAGAAAGUCUUAAGAGUCACAUGAGAAUUCACACCGGAGAGAAGCCUUUCACAUGUGGUCAGUGUGGAAAAUGUUUCAGAUGUAAAGAAAACCUUACUCGCCACAUGAGGAUUCACUCAAGAGAGAACCAUUUUAAAUGUCAUCAGUGUGAAAGAAGUUUCACAGACAGUAAUCAUCUUAAGAAUCAUAUAUUAACUCACACUGGAGAGAAGCCUUUCAUGUGCCAUCACUGUGGAAAGAGUUGCACAAACAAAGCAAACCUUGAUAUUCACAUAAGAGUUCACACUGGUGAGAAGCCUUUCACAUGCCCUCAGUGUGGGAAGAGUUUCACACUUAAAGGAAAUCUUAAGACUCACAUAAGAGUUCACACUGGAGAGAAGCCUUUCACAUGUCUUCGCUGUGAAGAGAGUUUUACAUAUCAGAAAGACCUGAAACGUCAUUUGCAAACUCAUUCUGAAAAAGAAAUAGCAAAGUUUAGAGUGUGACAAGAUGUUUAGAAAAAAAGCUUUCCAACAUCACCUCCACAUUCACUCUGGAAUUUAAAAACAUUUUUGAAUUGUGAUCAGUGUACCAAGAAGUUUUUUUUUUGCCAUUACACUUACAAAUACACCUGAAAAUUCAUGCAUCUAUAAAACACUUUGUUUUCCUAGUGGAGAAAGGGGUUUAAAUGGCACUGCAAUUUAAAAAGGAAGUAUGUAACUCUGUCACUAUGCAGUUGAAUGCGUGUCAAAUCUGACACUGAAUCUAACUUCAUGACCAUUUAUUUGAAUUCUUUACUUGUUUAUACCUUUUUGAUCCUUUGCUAUAUUUUCGAAUAUUGAGCAUGGUGGAUGCCUUCUAAUUAUGUUUGUAUAGCGGCAAUGCUUUAAUCUACUUAUUGAUACCUCAGAAUCAAAAUUUUAGAUAAAAGUGUCUUGCUGUGAAAUGCCACAAUGUAAAUGAAGGAAUGUAAAUAAAAGGUCAUAAACUGAAUGAAA